UGAACUGAGAUCUUCUGCUUUGAAGAUGAUGUUUGUUAAAGAGGAGAGUGAGAGAACAUGAUUGAACCAGAAACAUGGAGAAUAAAACAAGAAGAACCAGAAACACUGAAGAUAAAACACGAGGAAGCAGAAACCUGGAGAACAAAACAGGAGGAACAAGGAGGAACACUUUUGAUGAAAGUGAAAGAGGAGAGACCAGAUCUGAAUGAAGUGCAGGAGAAACCUGAAGACACUGGAGAAACAUCAGAGAGCUGCAGCAUUCAGAAAGCAGACGUCAAAAGGCCUUUCAGCUGCUCUCAGUGCGGAAAGAGUUUUAGACAGAGAGCAAGCGUUAAGAAUCACAUGUUAAUUCACGCCGGAAUAAAACCUUUCAGCUGCUCUCAGUGUGGAAACACCUUCACGUGUAAAGCAAACCUUGAGAAGCACAUGUUAAUUCACGCCGGGAUAAAGCCUUUCAGCUGCUCGGAGUGUGGGAAGGGUUUCACAAGUAAAGAUACCUUAAGACUCACAUGUCCAUUCAUAGGCGGAAUAAAGCCUUUUAUUUGCUCUCAGUGCGGGAAGGGUUUCAUAUCGAAAGGAAUCCUGAGGGAUCACGUGUUAAUUCAUACUGGGAUAAAACCCUUCAGCUGCUCCGAAUGUGGAAAGAGUUUUACACACAAAUCAAGCCUUAAGAAUCACAUGUUCAUUCAUACUGGGAAAAGGCCUUUCUCCUGCUCUCAGUGCGGAAAGGGUUUCAGAGAUAAAGCAAACCUUAAGGACCACAUGUUCAUUCAUUCUGGGAUAAAACCUUUCAGCUGCUCUGAGUGCGGAAAGACUUUCACUCAGAAAGGACAACUUAAGAUUCAUCUUGUAACUCACUCCUCGGAAAAGUCUUUCAGCUGCUCUCAGUGCGGGAAGAGCUUUAAAUAUAAAUCAAACCUUCAGAGGCUGCGUUGA